AUGAAGCCUGAACGUCUACCAAUGCGCGCGCGUUCGCGCCCACUAUGUCAACUGUGCGACUACAUACUGCAGCAGCCUGGAACUCGCCGCGUCUUCUUAUCCACAUCAUCCCUCAAAGCACCCUCAAUACGGCGGCAAACCGUGCGCUCGCCAGCCAUAGCACCCCGAACUUCAGUUCGGAUCAUCACAACCACAGCUCCGAAAGCAGCAGAAGUUGAGCAUGGAGACGAUGGGGGUGCUGAGACUUCGGACAGAGUCGCAGCGCUGAAGAAGAAGCUGGCCGAGGUCGAGGCUCAAAUAAAGCACAUUUGCAAUUCGCCCAAGGUCGAACCAGAGGUGACCGUGUUGGAGGCGCUGGAGGGGAUAGAUUAUGUGGCAAAAUAUGCCAUCGCCAUACGCUCCCGACAGCCUUUGCGCCAAAAGGCAACGAUACGACAGAGUUCAGCCAGUACAAUACUCUCGGGACUCAGUAGUGGGGGACAUGUCAAGACCGAACAGAAGACAAGGACCCAAACUCUAGGAUUGGAUGCGCUGCCAUCACCGCCGUAUCUAUCGAACCUUGCACGGGGCCUAAUCACACAUGAGAAAGUCUUCGUUUCACCAAAUAUCCUCGGCCUAUACAUACAUUUGCAACGUUUGCUUGCUCGACCCAAGACCAUUCCGGAGGCACUAUACCUCUACGCGAACAAGCCGAUUCCAAUCGCGGGCUCCUCACCUCCAAAAUUCUCCCAACCCUCCCCAAAGUCGGCAAAGCAAGCCAUCCCUGCUGAUCUCGCCGACGAAGCACUAACGGCCGCAAUCGAUGCAAAAGACAUCAACUUGGCGCUCGCCGUCGUCGACCAAACCUACAGGGCUCCUGCAUGGCGGCGGCACCGUAUGAUAACCAAGAUGGGCUUUCCAGCAGUCCUUGCCAGUCUCACUCCACUUGCCUUGUACAUGAUUGCCCAAGAACUUUCCGUAUACAGCGGUUUCAUCGACCCCUGGACAUUCAAGCUAUACGCUUUCGCAGGCAUGAGCACCUAUGUCAUGUGCACAGGAACCCUCGGCUUUGUCGCUCUCACAACAUACAACGAUCAUCACGACAGAGUCGUCUGGAGACCUGGUGUUCCACUGCUGGACCGAUACAUUAGGGAAGAUGAGCGCGCCGCCCUUGAUCGCAUAGCAUGCGCAUGGGGUUUCAAGGAAGUUUGGAGGCGGGGUGACGAAGAGGGCGAGGACUGGGAGGGCUUGCGACAGUUGGUUCUGCUGAGAGGUAUGGUCUUGGACAAGCCAGACCUGAUGCCUGCCAUGUCCGCCUCCGUAACCCCGAUAACAUUCACGCGCUUCUCGCAAGCCCUCUCCGACCUCUCCGUCGAAUCCUUAUACGCCAAAUACUCCGAACUUACGAACCAACUCGCGCAUCUCGAAAGUAGCAACAAGCAGCUGGAGGAGUUUGCGCGCGAAAACGAUGAUCGCGAUUGCUAUGAGGCGCUGCUGGAGAAUAGGGUUGUCAUGAAGAGGUUUGAGGAGAGGAGAGAGGCCAUCGUGAAUGAGGUUAGCGUUGUAAGGGGGUUGCCUUGGAGGGUGAGAGAAGAGGAGAAGAAGGUUGAGGCAGAGGGUGGUGCGGCGACGAACGGAACUACUGCUGCAACUGAGCAGACAAAUGGCGCUGCAGCGCAGGAAAAUGGUGGCGAUGGCGUGUAUCUUUGA